GUUUCGCGUCCCGGGAACGGUCUUCGCGUCCCGGUUCGCCCGGUCGGGCCGCUCGCUGCCAUAGUAACCCCCGUUCUUGCUGCCCCCGGGGGCAGGACCCCCUUCCAGCCCGGCGCGGGAACCGCAGGCUUCGGCUGUAGCGCACUGGAAUUUUCUACGUGAAACCCAGUCAUGACAGAUCAAGAGUAUGUUCUUUGCACGUGGAAGAAGCGUUUAUGGCCGGCAAAGGUUUUGUGCAAAACUGGAGCUGGUGGGAAAACAUCCAUUAAAAACGCUAAGGAGACAUCUUUUAAAGUUGAAAUACUUGGCUUGAAAAAACAGAUCAGCGUGAGCCGCGCGGAUGCUGUCCCGCUGAAGGAGGAGUGCAUAGAAAACAUCGCCUCCAGCCUAGAUCAAAGGAAUAAUUCGAGCGAGGCUGUGGAAGAGCUGAGAUAUCGCUGCUCUCUUAAGAUUGCUCUGGAUAUUUUGAAUCAAAAUAUCUCCCCCAGGGAAGUGCCACCUUCAGAAAGACUGAAAUCCCAGUUAUCCCGGGAGAACGACGCGGGAUCUCUCUCAUCUACCCCCUUACGGAGAUGUCGGUUGUUCUGUCACUCUAAAGAAGAGUCGGUGCCUGAGACUUCCAAGAAGAAAAGAGAACAGAAAAAUGCCAGCCUGAAGACUGAUGCAAAACCCCAAACCCGGGACACUUCCUUCCUCCUGGAGGAGGGUGCUAAAGCGCACGAAAAAGGAACAAACACUACCACAUGUAAUACGUCACACUCAGACAAUCAAAACUGCAAAACGCCAGACUCAAAACCCCUCCCAGGGCAGAAGAAAAUGAAGCCUGCAUUGUUGACCAAGUCCCAAACAGGAAAUAAAGAUCCCCUUACGCCAAAGGAGGAAAAAAGUGAGCAAGGAAGGAAAAGCCGAAGAGACGCGGUGUCACCUCUGUCGCGAAUGAACCGUUUCCCCGGGGAUGCAGCCCAGCCCCGGGCUGAGGAGGGAUCUCCACUGCCUGUCCCCUGUGAGGGGGUGCCUCUCAAAAGGGCCAACACCAGGAGUCAGCCCAGAAGGACACUACUGGCUUCCUCUUGUAAAAGUGCCUCGGAUGACUUGGAAAAAAGCAUCAGUAGCGAGAGCGAAAGUCUAGCGAAGCAGCUGGGCGGAAGAAGACAGCCAGCUGGCUUGAAAAGGGUUAAUGGGGAACAAGAGACUCUGUCCUCCUGCAGAAAAAGGAGAUGCAGGAAUGGCCCUGAAUCUUCAUCUGGGCCUUCUAUCUGUGAGCUACGUUCUGAGAGCGUCCCCUCCCAGCGUGAGGAGCAGGAAAAUAAGAACAUUUCGCACCCGGUUACGGAUAAAGUAACGGCCUUUCAGCUGCCUGACUUCGAGGAAGAUGAAGGGCUGGAAUCGUCUGACCUGUCUCCAAAGAUAGUUUACCCAGAGAGUCUCUCUCGCCUCUCGGCUCUGGUAGAUGAAGAGGAGGAUGAAGAUGAAGAGCUUCCUAGUAUUUUAUCAAAUCAAGAACCGCAGUCCAUUGAGGAAGGGAUGUUGGUGUGGUACAAACUGCGAAGGUACCCGCACUGGCCGGCCGUGGUGAAGAAGGUGAAGCGGAAGCGCAGGAAGGCGUGUGUGCUAUUUAUAGAAGGGAGUACAAAUGACAAGAAGAAAGGGUUCUCAGUGUCUCUUAGGAGCCUGAAGCACUUUGAUUGUGAGGAAAAGCAGGACCUCAUUGAACGAGCCAAAGAAGAUUAUCGCCAAGAAAUCGAGUGGUGUAUUCGACUGAUCUCUGACUAUCGGAUUCGAGUGGGUUGCCGUUCUUUUACGGGAUCCUUCCUGGAGUAUUUUGCUGCUGAUAUCAGCUACCCGGUCAGGAAGGAAUGUUGUCAAGGCUUAGUCCCAAUGUCCUUUCCAAACGUGGCAGAGGAAAAUAUUGAAGAGUCUUCAUCAGAGACUUCACCUCAGAAGCCCUCCAAGAAACUUCUCCCCGACAGAACAAGAGCUGCCAGAGACAAAGCCAAUAAAAAGAUCGUGGAGUUUAUUGUCAAGACCAAGGGGGCUGAAGAGCAUCUUUUGGCGAUUUUGAAAAGCAGGAAACAGUCCCGGUGGCUGAAGGAAUUCCUGAAUUCAAGCCAGUACGUGACCUGCGUGGAGACCUAUUUGGAGGAUGAAGAACAACUAGACCUUGUGGUGAACUACUUGAAGGAGGUGUAUUGCGAGAUGGGUGCUAAAAACCUGCAGCAAAUCAAUGGAGAUGCAAUAAAGUUUAUUUCGGAUGUCCUUCUGCCUGAGGCCAUCAUUUACGCCAUUUCUGCGGUGGACGACAUAGAUUACAAGAAGGCAGAAGAGAAAUACAUAAAAGGACCGUCUGUGAGCAAAAGGGAGAGAGAAAUAUUCGAUGAAGAAAUUCUAGAAAGGAAAAAAGGGAAGAGGAGCCCCGCGUGGGCAGACAGCGCCUGAGCCGUGGCACCGACCUUCCCCGCCGACCCCGGCGCUGCCCCAGUAUGAGAGAGACGUGGUUCUUUGUAUAAAAUGUGUAAUUCUUACUUUAUAAAGUCCGGGUGUGUAUCUUCAGGGCCGCAGUGGCUCUGAGGCUGUUGGAUGCAGUCGUGUCUUGGCCGCGGAGCUGCCGGGAGCAGCGCGUGGGGGGGAACCCUGUGGGUGUCACCGCCACGUCCCACCCCCCCACGGCACCUCGUGUGGAUCCCGCAGGAACCACGAGGGUUUUGGGAGCUGCUUGCUGUAACACUAAGCUUUCUAUGAGUUAUUUUGGCCAAAUACCUGAGGGAGAGAGGGCUGCUAUCCUCGGAAAAGCCCUCGCUGAUGAAUUCCGUAGCCGUGUGUCGCCCGGUGAUCGCUGUUCCCUGCACAGGGGGCCCAUCUGAACGUGUUCCCCCCCCCCAGGCUGGGGGUUCUGCUUCCCAGGGCUCAUGGUGCAGGAAAUAAAACUGGGUCCUUGGGAUGCAAUCGGGAUAACGAAGGCUCAGAAGGACACCUGUAACAUUCAGCAGAAAAAGGAAUCCAGUGUUGGCUUAAAGAACAAGAAAAGUUCACUUUUUCCAUUUAAAAGUGAAACUUUGGAAUGCUGCUUUAAUGUUGUUUUUUUUUGAGGCCGUGAGUUUAGGAACACUUCUAAUUGUCUUUUUCUAUCUGAUUUAAAUGCCAAAUUUAAUCAUGUGUCAUUCCUGCUGCAGGUGUAGUGUGUCACACCCUGCCUCGGCCAGGCACGCGGUGUCAUGGAGAACUAUUUAGUGACAAAAGCCCAAGGAUUAGUAUUUUUCUAUAUUCUAACACAAAUCUAUUUGCUUUGCCCAAUAGAGACCGAGAUGAUUUGGAAUUAAGGCAGAAGUUUCAGUGUAAAUCAGGAUGGGGAGGUGUGUUCUGGCUGUAGCGAUGCUGUGGAUGUAUUUUAAUCAUGUUUAAUUACUCUGUAAAGGGAUUCAAUGUGUGUUUGGGAUCCUCCUUCACCUCAUUAAGGGGACGUUGACGAGUGCAUCAACUGUGCAAAUGAGGAUAUUCUUGUGCACUUCUUGCUUACCACGAGUGGGGGUCCUGAAACACCCCCCAAAGGCCUUUUGGGCUGUUCCUACAGCCCCCGUGAGGGAGCAGAGCCCCCCGCUCCCCCCAGCCUUUACCCCCCAGCCUUUUCCUCUCUCCUUUUCCUGCCUUUCAGCCACUGCUUUCCCAGGGACAAGUUCUCACCUGAAAACCCAAACUGGGCCCCGUGGCCCGAGGAUGACUCCGCGUCCAAGCGCUCCAAAAUGUUUACACCCCUCAAACCCCCCUCCAUCCCCCCCCCAGCCUUUAGGGGGUGGUCCCAGACCUCUGUCCCCACCACCAGACUGAGGUCUGUUUUGCCAUGUACGGAUUGAUGUGAUCUUCAGUGGAUUAAAGUUGGAGUGAACUCUCAAA